AUGGCAGUGGCGAAUAAUGUGUCAGACGGUCAGCUGUUUGCAAAGCAUGCCGAACUUGAAUCGAAAAAGGCCCUCCAUUUUAGCUUCCACAUUCGACGUCUACGGAUACAGGCCAUACACAACCGAACACUGACUCCCUCUCGCUUUCCAUCUCGGGUUCUACACGACAUGACUCCAAUUGUUCUCAACAAGCUCAACUUCGUCUCCAGAGACCUCGGCAUGGACUUAGAGCUUCUUCUCACUUUCGACCAUCCGUCUAACACUGGUAUAUAUGAGACUUAUUACCCAUUGGCUUUUGCGGUCAAGAAAUUUGCGGCUGAAGGCAUCCACCGCGCGCAUAUUACAUAUCGAUCACAACUUGCGUUCACCAAAGUUGUUGUUUCCCAUGAUAUCAUCCAAAGUGCCUCGACCGAAGUCGCUGUUCAGGUCGGGCAAUCUACUACUUUAACCAUGAACAAUCAAAUAUUCCAUUUCUCCGAUCCCCAAACCGACCCCUCGGUGCCGAAGAAAAAUAUUCAAUGUAUAAACAAUUCACCGUCCAAGGAGGAUAUAGGCGUUGGUUUCAUUGAACAGGAAGGGGACGUGCCCACAUCGGCUCUGGUUUGGCACGGCGUGGAGCACGGGCAGACGUUGAAUGUGGAAUUUGUUCCGCGUCUGAGAGGUUAUAUUAAUGCUUGCACCUACCGGCAGAAUGGCUUGAUCAAGGGCCCAAUUCACAGUAGCUGUCUUUUCGACCAAGACCUCAGUACUCUCGAUAAACAUACCACGUGGGUCGUCACAUACGAUGAGACCGCCAGAAGUUUUAGGAUCGAUGAGGAGAUAACGAGCGAGGUUCAACAUUGCUUUUCAUGA